CAGAGGAAUAUUAUCAUGAGGAGGUUCUCUCUUCACAUUGCAACCAUUUAUGAUCUCCAUUAACCCACCAUUAAUGUGUGAUUUUCUCUGGUGUUGUAUGGUGUAAGUUUUUAUCAUUUAUUAUAUUUACAUCUUUAUUUUUACAGGCAUGAAGAGUGCAGAAGAUUAUAGUAAUUCAAGCAAUCAUUUAUUUAAUGUUUCAAAGUAUUAUUUUGAGAAGUUCUUGUUGUUGGAGGUCCUGGUUGGGAUUUUCCUCUAUAUAAACUGCUUGAUGUUAUUCACAUUUCUGAAAAAGGAGGCGUUUAGAGAAGAAACUCGAUACAUUUUGUUUGCACAAACACUGUUUGUGGACACUGCUUUCAUACUGUUAUCUGGCUUGCUUACUAUUGUGAGUUAUUUCCAGUACCCCAUGCACAUGAUUAUUUGUACUCUCAGUUUCCUAAUUCAGUCUAUUUUCACCUGUUGUACACCACUGACUUUGGUGGCUAUGUGUCUGGAACGCUAUGUGGCUAUAUGCAUGCCUUUGAGACAUGCAGACAUUUCCACCAACAGGACCAGAUUAUAUGGGCUUCUUAUCAUAUGGAGUGUCAGUUCUAUAAUUCCAGUGUUCAGUGUUAUAGGAUAUUGGGCAGUAGCCCCAGCUGCUGCUCUAUUCUCCUAUGCAGUUUGUAAUUCAGAGAUAAUGUUAAUCCAAGAGUGGCAGGCACAUGGUCGUGCCAUAAUUUUCAUUAUCCUUUUCAUUUUUAUGUCUAUUAUCAUUGUGUUCACCUACAUCAAGAUAAUGAUUGCAGCCAGAGCUGCAUCUUCUGAGAAAAAGAAAUCCACCAAUAAGAGUCUCAGAACUGUGCUGCUUCAUGCUGUUCAACUGUUUCUGUGCAUGAUACAGUUUUUUAACCCAUAUAUAGAAAUGGCAUAUUUCAAAGUUGAAGAAAACACAUUUAAGAAUAUAAGAUAUUCUAAUUUUAUUGUUUUUUUGUUUUUACCACGUAGUCUUAGUCCAUUGAUUUAUGGUGUCAGAGAUGAAAAGUUUUUCCUUGUUUUUAGACAUUACGCUUUGUGUGGUACUGACCACCUUUUCUCAACAUUGUUUGAAAUCAAACAAGUGAAAAUAAGACCAAUUUAAACACAACACUGGAUAUCAUAACCUUAGAGAUUUUUGUAUGCAGUGGGGUCCAAAUGUAUGAGACCACAUUGAAAAUAUAUUUAUUUUUUUACAAAAUUGGAAAUAAACAAACUUAUGGAGUCCAUGCCAGCUUGAGUUGACACUGUCUUUAAAACAAAAAAGGAGAAAUACAAAAUACUCUACUAUUCAAUAAAGUUGUUGUUGAUAAUAUAAUUUGUAUAUGUGUUGUAUUAAAUUAUUAUAAACUUAUAAAAAUGCAAAAUAGAAGCAUUUUCACUAGUGGUCUCAGGUAUCAGUGCUCUCUCUCUCUCUCUCUCUCUCUCUCUCUCUCUCUCUCUCUCUCUCUCUCCUAUAUAUUCAGGAUAUGUUGAUGAAGGUUUUUACUAGAAAUGUGUUAUGGUUUGACAUUUUAAUAAAUAAACUUCCAUGCU